AUGGCUUCAUCAUCCAAUCAAUUAUACUUGGCAAAGAAUUACCUAAGUGGCCCUAAAUCUGAUGCGAUACUUGAGAGGAAUAACGUGAAGAAGAAGUCUAAGAAGAAGUCUAAUAGCAAUCCAACUAACCUAGUUAUUCAAGAGGAUGAUGAUGUUCUACAAGAUAAUGAUAUUGAGCAAGAUGACGUUGUCAAAGUUGAAUCACAUUCUAACAAGUUUAAAUCAUUCUCUGGUAAUACCCCUGUAUCCACUCCCACUACAGAUGAUCAUCCACACCCAGAAACCAGUAAAGGCGGUCUAAAAUCAGCUAAACAAGUUAAAGCAGAUAAUAAAAGAGCUAAAGAUAAAGAAGCUCUUGAUUUCAAACUUGAAAAUGAUAAAUUGAAUAAAAACAACCAAACAAUCCACAGAGACAGCUCUGGUAAAGUUAUUGACUUGGAUUCUCAACAUAAACAACAGCAACAACAACAAGAAGAAGCUCAACGUAAAAAGCGUCAAUGGGGAAAAGGUUUAGUUCAACGUGGUAUCACUAAUCAUCCUCAAGAUAAUGAAUCUGAUGACAUAAGAGAUGUGCAAAGGUGGAACGAUCCAGGUACUCAAUUCAUCUCUUCAAAGCCUAAAAAUUAUUCGAAUAAGCCAGAAUAUAAAGGUCCACAACCACCACCUAAUAGAUUCAAUAUUAAACCAGGUUUUAGAUGGGAUGGCGUUGACAGAUCAAAUGGCUUCGAAUCAAAGCUAUUCAAAGCAGAGAAUAACAAGAAUAUUAAAUUAUAUAAUCACAAUAAAUGGUCUGCAGAAGAUAUGUAA